CUGUCUAUGACCAAAAAUUAUUCGAAAACCAGGACCAAAAUUUAUAAAAUUAAUUAUAGAGCUAAUAGAACUAUCUGUCUACCAAAUUUCAUCUCGAAGUCCCACGAACACCCCCACAGCCUCUCGUUUGUUAAUCUAGGACUAAGGAUAAGACGUUACCUCAAGACGAGGAAACCUCUUAAUAUUUUCGAGUCCAAAUCUAGUUUUAGACAGCUCUCUUUCCCCUUCCAGUAAGCCAAAAUCAACACUUUGUGCUUAAUCGAAUUAGACCAGGGCUUCGACCUCGAAAUUUUAAAAAUCCGCAAUUUUAUUCGAAAAAAUCCGCAUUUGAUAUGAAAAAUCCGCAAAAAAUUAUCAAGCAAAAAAAAUGAAUUAAA